CUGCGGCGUAGGAGGCGGUCCAGACUAUAAAAGCGGCUGCCGGAAAGCGGCCGGCACCUCAUUCAUUUCUACCGGUCUCUAGUAGUGUAGCUUCGGCUGGUGUCAUCGCUGUCCUUCCUCCGCUGCCGCCCCCGUAAGGCUUCGCCGUUAUCGAGGCCAUUUCCAGCGACUCGUCGCACGCUUUUCUAUAUACUUCGUUCCCCGCCAACCGCAACCAUUGACGCCAUGUCGGGUUAUUCGAGUGACCGAGACCGCGGCCGGGACCGAGGGUUUGGUGCACCUCGAUUUGGAGGAAGUAGGGCAGGGCCCUUAUCUGGAAAGAAGUUUGGAAACCCUGGGGAGAAAUUAGUUAAAAAGAAGUGGAAUCUUGAUGAGCUGCCUAAAUUCGAGAAGAAUUUUUAUCAAGAGCACCCUGAUUUGGCUAGGCGCACAGCACAAGAGGUGGAAACAUAUAGAAGAAGCAAGGAAAUUACAGUUAGAGGUCACAACUGCCCGAAGCCAGUUCUAAAUUUUUAUGAAGCCAAUUUCCCUGCAAAUGUCAUGGAUGUUAUUGCAAGACAGAAUUUCACUGAACCCACUGCUAUUCAAGCUCAGGGAUGGCCAGUUGCUCUAAGUGGAUUGGAUAUGGUUGGAGUGGCACAGACUGGAUCUGGGAAAACAUUGUCUUAUUUGCUUCCUGCCAUUGUCCACAUCAAUCAUCAGCCAUUCCUAGAGAGAGGCGAUGGGCCUAUUUGUUUGGUGCUGGCACCAACUCGGGAACUGGCCCAACAGGUGCAGCAAGUAGCUGCUGAAUAUUGUAGAGCAUGUCGCUUGAAGUCUACUUGUAUCUAUGGUGGUGCUCCUAAGGGACCACAAAUACGUGAUUUGGAGAGAGGUGUGGAAAUCUGUAUUGCAACACCUGGAAGACUGAUUGACUUUUUAGAGUGUGGAAAAACCAAUCUGAGAAGAACAACCUACCUUGUCCUUGAUGAAGCAGAUAGAAUGCUUGAUAUGGGCUUUGAACCCCAAAUAAGGAAGAUUGUGGAUCAAAUAAGACCUGAUAGGCAAACUCUAAUGUGGAGUGCGACUUGGCCAAAAGAAGUAAGACAGCUUGCUGAAGAUUUCUUGAAAGACUAUAUUCAUAUAAACAUUGGUGCACUUGAACUGAGUGCAAACCACAACAUUCUUCAGAUUGUGGAUGUGUGUCAUGACGUAGAAAAGGAUGAAAAACUUAUUCGUCUAAUGGAAGAGAUCAUGAGUGAGAAGGAGAAUAAAACCAUUGUUUUUGUGGAAACCAAAAGAAGAUGUGAUGAGCUUACCAGAAAAAUGAGGAGAGAUGGGUGGCCUGCCAUGGGUAUCCAUGGUGACAAGAGUCAACAAGAGCGUGACUGGGUUCUAAAUGAAUUCAAACAUGGAAAAGCUCCUAUUCUGAUUGCUACAGAUGUGGCCUCCAGAGGGCUAGCCCGUACCUUCUUGGGAAUACAAUUGUCUAACUUUUUAUUUUUGGUCUGGCUGUUGUGGUGUGCAAAACUCCGUACAUUGCUAUUUUGCCACACUGCAACACCUUACAGAUGUGGAAGAUGUGAAAUUUGUCAUCAAUUAUGACUACCCUAACUCCUCAGAGGAUUAUAUUCAUCGAAUUGGAAGAACUGCUCGCAGUACCAAAACAGGCACAGCAUACACUUUCUUUACACCUAAUAACAUAAAGCAAGUGAGCGACCUUAUCUCUGUGCUUCGUGAAGCUAAUCAAGCAAUUAAUCCCAAGUUGCUUCAGUUGGUCGAAGACAGAGGUUCAGGUAAGGAUGACUGAUAGGAAAUGUUGGUAGUUACGAGUCACAUCGUUGUCUACAAAUCCAUUUAAAUGGUAUUGGAGGGUGAGUAAAACCUUGAAUGUGAAAACUUAAGCUGAAAAAUUGUAAAAACAUUUCUUGCCUACCAUGAAUAGAUCUGUUUCUUUCUGUCCACAAUGAUUUGUGUUAUAGACAUAAUUGAUCAAUUUGCAAUUGUUUUCUUGACAGGUCGUUCCAGGGGUAGAGGAGGCAUGAAGGAUGACCGUCGGGACAGAUACUCUGCGGGCAAAAGGGGUGGAUUUAAUACCUUUAGAGACAGGGAAAAUUAUGACAGAGGUUACUCUAGCCUGCUUAAAAGAGAUUUUGGGGCAAAAACUCAGAAUGGUGUUUACAGUGCUGCAAAUUACACCAAUGGGAGCUUUGGAAGUAAUUUUGUGUCUGCUGGUAUACAGACCAGUUUUAGGACUGGUAAUCCAACAGGGACUUACCAGAAUGGUUAUGAUAGCACUCAGCAAUACGGAAGUAAUGUUCCAAAUAUGCACAAUGGUAUGAACCAACAGGCAUAUGCAUAUCCUGCUACUGCAGCUGCACCUAUGAUUGGUUAUCCAAUGCCAACAGGAUAUUCCCAAUAAGACUUUAGAAGUAUAUGUAAAUGUCUGUUUUUCAUAAUUGCUCUUUAUAUUGUGUGUUAUCUGACAAGAUAGUUAUUUAAGAAACAUGGGAAUUGCAGAAAUGACUGCAGUGCAGCAGUAAUUAUGGUGCACUUUUUCGCUAUUUAAGUUGGAUAUUUCUCUACAUUCCUGAAACAAUUUUUAGGUUUUUUUUGUACUAGAAAAUGCAGGCAGUGUUUUCACAAAAGUAAAUGUACAGUGAUUUGAAAUACAAUAAAUGAAGGCAAUGCAUGGCCUUCCAAUAAAAAAUAUUUGAAGACUGAA